AGAUAAUUUAGUGUUAAGGUAAUGUCUCCAGACAAGUUGGCUGGACGAAACGUUGGAAUUAUUUUAAAUUUCAAUCGCUGAGAUUGCUUCAAAUAUAAUUUACAUAUAUAAUGAAUGUCUCCUAUGGUUCUGAAAUACUCGGCUGUAUAAUGAAGCUUCCAAUGCUGCAAAAGCCUAGAUUCUCGUUGUUGAAUUUUUAAUGACAUUGUUUGGAAAUUUAUCAUGAUCUUAAUUAGUUUUAAUGUUCAUUUAGUCGGCUUUCAAUAAGUUUAUCCAUCAGAUCAUGUUAUACAGAUAACCUGAAUUAUUAAAGGAUUUUAGUAAUUUGUUGGUGUGGAGUACAGAAAUCAAUGACAGAACACAAAAAUCCUACAGAUUUCAAUGAAGUAUUACCUCCAUCUUUAGCUGCUGUUAGAGAGAUAUUUUCGGAGUUUAACGUCUCGGAAGUUUCGGAUGAAAUAUGUACACGAGUUUUGGACGUUUUGUAUAGACACACAUGUGACGUCAUUGAAGAGGCAAAGGCUGUUUCUCAUCAUGCCGGUCGACCGAAAAUUGAAGAAGAUGACGUACAACUAGCCAUCAAUUCAGUCACAGAUGGACUUAUGUUUGCACCUCCAUAUAGAGAUCAGUUACUAGCUUAUGCUGAGAAAAAUGAACAGCCACUACCAACUGUUCGUCCUCAUUGUGGCAUUCGUUUACCCGCUGAACGCUUCACACUCACAGCUCCAAAUUAUUCACUUUUACCAUGUGCAGACAACGCAAAAACAAAUCCUUCAUCUGAACUCGCUGGCGAUUCUUCAAUGACACUUCAUAUAUCCAACCCAGUGAAUUCUACCAAAAAUAUAUGUAGAGCUAUUAAUCCUUCAACCAGACCAAUUACUGUUGGUAAUCCUAUGGGACCAUCUGUUCAUGUUAUUGCCGCCCCUGGGAUGGGACCUUCUAUGAUUCGUGUUCAAACUGUCCAAAAUGUUGCUCAAUUGUCUAAUGUAGAUACCAGCACUGGCUUACGAACACUUCCCGUCGGCCCUACAGUAUCCAGUGUCAUGUCUUUGAAUCGACGUUUCAUGGACACAUCAUAAUUCAUUUUGGCAGUUACUAACGAUAAACUUCCAUAACGUUUUUGGCUAUGAACUCUAAAUUGGGAUCCUGAAUGCCAUUUCAGUGAUGAAUUUUUCAAUCCAUUAUUUUCUUUUAUCAUCAUGUAUAUAGUGUUCAAUUGUAUAUAAACUUUUGUAAUUUUUUGGUUUCCCUUUUUUAAGUUUUUACCCAGCUGUACAUAUAAAAAACUUAGAAGUUAACUGAUUUGAGUAAAUUAACUAGUUGGAGGACAAAGUUUCGCGGAAUAAAAUAUGGAGAAAGCUGUGUAAGCAUAAAAGCACUGCAGUUCCAAAUGCAUUUAGCCGUGAUUAAGUUUAUAAGUACAUUGAAUGAUUAUGGUAAUAAAACGAUUUUAUUCCCAAUAAUUCCUACUGUUUUAUUUUUAAAACGAUCCUUUUAUUUCUACACAUACUAAUCUCAUAUCUUCAAUAUUGAGAGAUCUAUAGAAAACAUUGAGGUAGCAGCAAUUGUCCGUCUAUGAUUUUUAAUAAGUCAACCGCAUUAAAACUUGUUUGGAUCCGCAUGAUAAUUGUGAUCAAUAAUUUGGAACUUGGUAUAAUAAUUGAUUCAAAUCAUUCUUACUGGCUCAGAUGUCUUCGUAAAUCUUGAGUUUUAGUAUACUUCCUUGGAUUCUAUCGACUUAUUUCAUCCCUCCUUUUCAGCCGUAUUUUCUGUGCCUAAAUAUGCUAUCAUCGAUACUACUAAUAUUCCAAAUCCCUUUUGUCGAUUUUAUGUCGCUGCGGUGCUGUGUCGUGGCAAAUCGGAUCAAUGUAUAUCCAUACCCGAUUACCUGCUGACUAUGACUGACUCUUUAGAAACAAUUACACAAGUGUUAAAUACUAUAAUUCAAUAAAUGAAAAAUGCAGCUGUAUUUCGAUCUGUGGUUGUGUAAUACAAUAUUGUCAACAUUUGCCUGGUUGAACAACCCCGAAAAUAGCAAUUAGCAGGUCGUAGAUUUGGGUUCUAAAUGGCAAUCAAAACUACUAUAAUUAAGACUAACAAGAAAACAUUUUUUAGUGCUCGUUGUUAAAAGCAGUAGAAACAGUCUAUUGAUAUGAUUACUGUAAUGAGAAAGAAAUACAAAUUGAAUAAUUAUGAAGAUAAAUGACUUAAACCCUUUCUCCCAUAGAAAUGUAUAUAAAAAUAGAUAGAUAGUUCUAAUUGCUACAUUUUUAUAACAAGCAAGUAUAAAUGACAGCGAAAUGUUUGAUAAAAAAGGCUAGUUGUUUAUUGAUUUGUAUAGUCUGUAUUUAGUGAAUCUGAACAUGCAGUUUAUUGAUCCGCUCGAUAUUUUGUUGGCAACACAUAACUGUGGUUCAGACAAUAUUUAGUAGAUAAGUCAAUUUCUUCAAAGUUUCCAACACGGUUUGUUAAUGAGUGUUAAUCAACAAUAAAUCUAGAUCCAGAGAUUCACAACGAUGCUUUCCAAUCGAUGUAAAUAAUUCAUCACAAUUUCUAUUAUUUCUACAAAUCAUAGUAAAUAUGAUUAAUUUAAAGUAUAAUAUUAUAAUGGUUGAGAUCAUAAAUCAGUUGAAGUUAGACCACAUUGGAAAACCUGGAAGUACUGAACGGCCGUUUUGUCCUAUUGUGGGACUCCUCAACAGUGCGCAUUCACGAUCCCACCUCGCGAGAUUCUAACCUAGGUGUCCCAUAAUAGGACGAAACGGUCGUCCAGGUUUUCCACGGUGGUCUAGCUUCAAUUGACUAAUGAUCUCAAUCAUUGCAAUUACUAUAAUAUCCGCAAAACCGCUGUAGUGAACAAAACCACCAGUGGGGAGAAUCAAAUGUACCUGAGCAUAAAAUUACAGAGCAUCUUAAUAAAAUUUGAGAACCAUAUAGUAAAUGCUUAAUUUGCAAAAUGUCCAUGACUUGUCUCAAAAUGACUCAGACUUCAUUGUUCUUGCAUUUUCAUACAAAUUGCAUUCUGUUUCCAUUCUUUACUAUUCGAUCCUCUUGUCUCUCUGCUGCCAGACAUUCUGUUCACGACUAACAUCAUAUACUACUUGUGUCGAUAUAAGUAGCACACACUACACCCCUACGGAUAUAAUAUCAUACUUGUUAUUGGUUCAUUAAACCGCAUUUACAGUUUACGUAACAUUGUUAGUCAUAUCCAUUUUUUAUUACCCAAAAUCCAGCUUAUUCUAAAAGAAAAUUUUAAAUAGACACUAAAAUCUGUCAACUAAUCAAAUGGAAAUCUUUUAAUACAAUUUUAAUAUUUACCUUAUGUACAAUUUAAUACUUUAAACCCUAGGUUUAGUUAAAUAAAAAUUCCUUGAUUUGAAGUUUGUUUUUUUUCUUCAAUAUAAUCUACUUG